AUGUCAUUUUACGGAGACAUCCGUUCCUACGAUAUUCACACUUACUGGAACAACAACAACAAGGUGGAGAGACAAUUGGCUUACGAUCUCAGAGAAAAGGUGUUGAAAACUUUCUCUCCUGAGAUUGAAGCUGGUGACAUUCGAGUCUACAAAUUUCAUGAUACGCCAAUUGGACCCCACACUUUGAACAUGUGGGAAUUAGAUUUCAAGAAGCCAGAAUUGUUUGCUAAGCUUGUUCCAUUUUUUCAAUUGAACCAUGCAAAAUUAUCUGUUUUGAUUCAUCCUAGAACAAGCCAGGGCGAUCUUAAAGAUCAUACUGAUCAUGCAAUGUGGCUUGGACAUAAAGUUAGAUUGGAUACAAGCUUUCUUAAGGAUUAA